ACUGCUAUGUGUUGUCAAAAACAAACAAACAAAUUGGGGUGCUUUCAUGCGACUGGAACGGAUGAAUGGCAUCUCCAUUCAUUUCGAUGGGGAAAGUGGAUUUGAAUCCGAGUGAUUGGAGUUACGAACAUGGUCAAGGUACAACAUAGCACGCCGUUCGUAUCAUCGAAACGUCGCACGCAGGGAACGUCGUAGCAAGCGAGAGACCGAAAGAAAGGAAGAAAGAGCGAGUGAGGUAAGCAAGCAGAAACACUGACAGUCAACAGGGAAGCAAGCGAACGGCACGACGGCGACACGCCGGAAGAAGCAACAGCGAGCACAAAACACGUCGGAACCGACCCAACGCUGACAGCAGGGGCGGGGAAGACGACGACUAGGGGUGGAGGAGGAGGAAGAGACACCUGCACCGCGACUCGCUCUCCCCCCACCCCGCCGCCGUCGCUGCGCCCCUCUUCGGACCCCCACUUCCUCCUCAUUCCUCUCCCACGGACCGCCGCCUCCACCACCACCACCACCUCCGCCGCUUCCUCGUUAAGAUGGCUGACCCCGGCAGCGACGGAGAGGUGGCGGAGGGCGCGCGCGGUUUCGCUCGCCAGGGCGCCCUCCGCCAGAAGAACGUCCACGAGGUGAAGAACCACAAGUUCAUCGCGCGCUUCUUUAAGCAGCCCACCUUCUGCAGCCACUGCACCGACUUCAUCUGGGGCUUUGGCAAGCAAGGAUUCCAGUGCCAAGUGUGCUGUUUUGUGGUCCACAAGCGCUGUCAUGAAUUUGUCACCUUUUCCUGUCCGGGCGCCGACAAGGGACCCGCCUCCGACCAGGAUCCUCGUAGUAAACACAAAUUUAAGGUGCACACGUACUCCAGUCCGACCUUCUGUGACCACUGUGGCUCACUCCUCUACGGCCUGAUACACCAGGGCAUGAAAUGUGACCACUGCAUGAUGAACAUCCACAAGCGCUGCGUGGCCAAUGUCCCGAGCCUGUGCGGGACGGAUCACACGGAGAGGAGAGGGCGCAUCCAGAUCUCGGCUCGGAUCACCGAGGACACGCUGACCGUCACCAUCAAAGAGGCCAAGAACUUGGUCCCAAUGGAUCCCAACGGCCUGUCAGACCCUUACGUGAAGCUCAAACUUAUCCCCGACCCCAAGAGUGAGAGCAAGCAGAAGACCAAGACCAUGAAAUGCUGCCUCAACCCGACCUGGAACGAGACCUUCACUUUCAACCUGAAAGAAAGCGACAAGGACCGCCGUCUGUCCGUGGAGAUCUGGGAUUGGGACCUGACCAGCAGGAACGACUUCAUGGGUUCGCUGUCCUUCGGAAUCUCGGAGCUGCAGAAACAAGGGAUCGACGGAUGGUUUAAGCUUCUGUCCCAGGAGGAAGGAGAGUAUUUUAAUGUUCCCGUCCAGCCUGACGGUGAAGAUGGGAAUGAGGAGCUUCGACAAAAGUUUGAAAGGGCAAAAGUGGGUCCGGGAAAGCCGUCUGACUCCUCUUCGUCGUCGUCCGUCAGCAAGUAUGACAGCAACGGCAACCAGGACCGUAUCAAGCUCUCGGACUUCAACUUCAUAAUGGUUCUAGGAAAGGGCAGCUUUGGCAAGGUGAUGCUGGCUGAAAGGAAAGGUACUGAGGAGUUGUACGCUGUCAAAAUCCUGAAGAAAGACGUGGUGAUCCAGGAUGACGACGUGGAGUGCACCAUGGUUGAGAAGCGGGUCCUUGCUCUUUCUGGAAAGCCACCAUUUCUCACACAACUGCAUUCCUGUUUCCAGACGAUGGACCGACUGUAUUUUGUAAUGGAGUACAUAAAUGGAGGGGACCUCAUGUACCAGAUCCAACAGGUUGGGAAGUUUAAGGAGCCUCAUGCAGUAUUCUAUGCAGCGGAGAUCGCCACAGGCCUCUUCUUCCUACACUCCAAAGGGAUCGUCUACCGGGAUCUGAAGCUGGACAACGUGAUGCUCGACUCUGAAGGCCACAUCAAGAUCGCCGAUUUCGGCAUGUGCAAAGAGAACAUGUCUGAUGGCGUGACCACCAAGACGUUUUGCGGAACACCAGACUACAUUGCCCCUGAGAUCAUAGCCUACCAGCCUUAUGGGAAGUCUGUGGACUGGUGGGCCUUUGGAGUGCUACUGUAUGAAAUGCUAGCGGGGCAGCCGCCGUUUGACGGGGAAGACGAAGACGAGUUGUUCCAGUCCAUCAUGGAGCAUCACGUCUCAUACCCGAAAUCAAUGUCCAAAGAAGCUGUCGCCAUCUGCAAGGGGCUGAUGACCAAGCACCCGGGCAAGCGUCUGGGCUGCGGUCCCGAGGGCGAGAGGGACAUCAAGGAGCACGCCUUCUUCCGUUACAUCGACUGGGAAAAACUGGAGAACAAAGAGGUCCAGCCGCCUUUCAAGCCAAAAUCUUGCGGGCGUGACGCCGAGAACUUUGACCGCUUUUUCACACGCCACCCCGCAGAGCUGACCCCCCCUGAUAAGGAGCUUAUAGCCAACUUGGACCAGGAAGAAUUCCACGGCUUCACAUUUGUUAACCCGGAGUAUCAUUUCGCUACUCACUGACCAUGCUACGCGCGCACACACACACACACACACAUACACACACACACACACACAUUACAUGCAUCAGUGCAAUAGUGAGACAGAAAUCACCAUCGUGUGCAUAUCCAGGCUGCGUUACAAAAGGAAGUUUGACAUUUUGGGGGAAAUGAAGGGAAAUUGACAAACUGCUUGAAAGAAAAAAAAAGUAUCACGAUUCCUUUUACAUGAUAGAAAUUAGCGCAAGUAUAUGCAAAUGUUGAGAAGUCUCAGAUUCAUAAUAGCAGUUCAACUGGCUCCAGUUCUGUCAUCAGUGCAGUUAUUCACUGAAAGCCACCACGUGAUUAAUGAAAUGAGCCUUUUGGUUUACCUUGCAUAUUCAUGCCCUGUCAGUGCAACUGAUGAGCAUAUUUAUUUCCUGUGUAUGGAGAAAAACCCGUCAGUCACCCUCCAAGGAUCGUUUGAAUGAUGACGAGUGACCCCACCCCUCCUCCAUACUCGGGAUGGGUUUCAUAAGCAAUGAAUUGGUCAUGAAGAAUGAUAUCGAAUAUCAAUUGUUGACUUCUUAAAACCAUUGAGGCAAAAUCUUCGGUCUCAAGAAGGACAUUGAUGUCAGCGCUGUUAUUCUGCUCAAUACAAAAAUGGCAUUCAGAAAGCCCCUAAUCUAUUUUUUUUGUUUUUUUACAAAUUAGCUGUUCAUUUUCCCUAUAGUCGAUUUUAGGCAUAGACACCAAAAUAAUAGGUACGACAGGUCAGGGAGGUGUAAAUCGAACAAUUUAUUGUCAUAGUUUGCACCGCAUCGGGUUGCGUUAUCGUCUUCGUGCAGUCAAGACCAAAUAUUGGUUACGGCUCUUGUAUUGAAUCUGUGAGGCUGCCAAAGUGCCGACUGAAAAUCACCAGAGUGCAGUCAAGACCAGUGUGUGCCAAUUUAGUUACCGUCGUCCUUCUUUUUUUUUUUUUGAAUGCGCGUUAGAACAAACGACACAAUAACCUCCUAAAAGUCUUCGGCGUGACAUUAACGUGCGUUGAACAUUGUGUCAAAUCCACCUGGUCGUGCGACCGUGUUUGCUGUCACGCCAGGGAAGACACUUGGGCACUUAAUGCAAUGACGGUGACGAUUUAUGGACUACAUAGGAAAAAAAAA